AUAUUGCAAAAUGGCGUCUAUUAUCCUCAACAUGAUGCGUUUGUUUGGGAUAAAACCACGUGUUGUCCCCAUUCAGAUUAAGACUGGUUUACACCAUCAGUAUAUGAAUGCAGAACUGGAUACAGCCAAUAUAUUCGUGCGAUAUUUCUCCUCGAGUCUUAAUUAUGGCAACAAGGCUGACGAUUAUAACCGGGGCGGGAGAUUGGCUAUCCCCAUGGAUCGCCUGACAGUAACGUACAGCAGGAGCAGCGGACCGGGCGGGCAGCACGUGAACAAAGUCAACACAAAGGCAGAAAUCCGAUUUCAUGUACAGACAGCAGACUGGAUUCCGGAGGAUGUUAGGAAUAAGAUCAUCAUCCAGAAUAAAAAUCGCAUCAACAAAGUGGGCGAGUUGUUGGUCACAUCCGAGGCAAGUAGAAGUCAGCAGCAAAACCUGAAUGACUGUUUGCAGAAAAUCCAUGACAUAAUUGCAGACGCCAGCCAGAAGCCACAUGAACCCACUGAAGAGGAUAUUGCUAUCAGGAAGGCGAGGUUGGAACAUAUGAACAAGGAAAGGCUAAAACAGAAGAAGAUUCACUCAGUCAUAAAGCAGAGCCGGAAAGUGGAUUUUGACUAAAGUAUUUAUAUAAAAGUAUACUUUUUACAUAAAAAUAUUUAUUGCAGAAGUAAUUGUGAUUUUUAAUGGUACGUUUUUGUUUUCUGAAAUAAAGAAUAUGUGCAUCAUUAAAACUGUUUUAUUCAUGGGCAUUUGACCGUGUUGUACCUAAUCAUUGUCAAAAAUUUGUCUUUGCUCAUGAUUCUAAGGCUCCUUUUAAAAAACAACAGCAUUUGUUCAGAAGACUAUCACAUACUUUUUAUUGAAACAAGGAUUCAAAGUUUUUAUUUGUCAUAUAUGUGUAAACUAGAUAAAUGUUUAAACCAGCAUCUUAUUCUUUAGUAGUGGUAAACAAUAUGAAAUGUGAUAUUUAUGAGUAGAAAAACCAUAUCAUUUGCACUUAUUUGAGUGAAUAAGUAAGUAGAUACUAAGUUGUUAAAUGUAAGUAACAUUUCAUUAUUUUCAAGUAAGAAAAUAAAAUUAGCAGAGGAUGGUUUCGAUCCAUCGACCUCUGGGUUAUGGGCCCAGCACGCUUCCGCUGCGCCACUCUGCUAGCUGAUGUUUUUCCUUUUGUAUACCUAUUGAUGUUUAAAUUAAUUCGUGCAUUAGUCGUUU